AUGGUUUUGAUCGGCCGGGUUGAACUCGGGCCGUAUUACCACCCCCAAAACAAUCCCGGAGAUGUCGCGAUUGAAGAAAUUUCACCAACCUCAUUGGACUACGAGCCUGUCGUUACAGCUUGGAGAACCGCUUUAGCAAUUACGCGUUCUCGAAAGUUUCGCAGAGCUCUCUACCAUCUCGCCGACAAGGUACAAAGAGACAAGGCAUUAAACAUCAUGGAUGCUCAAGUCGAUGAGUUUAUUCUUGACUUGAAGAAUGAUUACCAGCAAUCACUCCACAAGUACAUGAUCAUCCUCGAUGGCAGGCUUCAAAGAUCCGUUCUUAGAACGAACGAAAGGCCCACUUUUGGAAUCCAUUUGAACAAACACUACGUCAGGUCGCUGUUACUCACCACUGGACACGAAGAGAGCCGCCUUCGAUGCCUUCUCGCCACGGCCAUCGUCCACGAGUUUGCUCACUGCUUUGUCACCUUCAUCGGCUACCAACGAGGCCAGGUUACGCCUGAGCGGGUCAAUCACAACUCUUUCUCCCAGUCAGCAAACGGACAAGGAGAGGCCGGUAGAUACCUCGAAGGGAAAUUGUGGGGUGGAACGUUGGAGUGGCAGAACCCAGCCCCUGGUUCCAUGAUCGGCGACCUCUAUGUUCUUGAUAAGGACAGCAAUGCUCGUCUUGUCCGACGCACUCAAGUUCUCGAUAUUGGAUCUUACCGAAUGUUUGGUAUGCCUUACGAAAUCUUGAGCGCUAGCGGUCUUUAUCUGGAAUUGGCGCCAAACGAUAUCACAUUCCCUGGAUGCGUUGGGUUUCGCGGCUUACGAUCCUUUGAGAGAUCUCCAAACCCAUUGCCCGCCGAGUUAUUACAUGGUAGGCUUAUGGCUGCUAGAGUUUCCAGCUCAGUUGACCCUGAGCUUCAAAAUGAGGAAGAGGUAGAAGAGAAUCUUCCAAAGGGUGGCUAA